CAAAAACGAUACCGUGUACUAGCAAUUUUUGCAAGCAAACAACCACGCAUAUUUCCCCCUUUUCUCGUUCACAUUUUCCCUUGCUUUCCCGGGAAAAAGAGUUACGAGCAACCUUGUCGGGAAUCGGUCCAAAUUACUCCCUCCCUUCCAAAUUUUCGCUUUUAUUGGGAACCACAGAUUCUUAGGUUUUAAACAACCCCCCCCAGUUUCUAUGUUCUCUUUUUUCAUGUUUGUUUCUAAAUGAAGAAAAAUGUUACAUGUUUUAUACAAACCUCAAAGUUCUCACAAAAAGAGAUAACAAUAAACCUCAAAAAUAGAAGUCUUUUGUCUUUUUUUUGGUUUUUCUUAGAAUCCCAUAAUAUUGAUAUUUUGUUUGUCUUGAAGUAAGUUGUUUUGAGGUUUUUUGAGGCUUGUUUUGGAUUAUUUGUUUUUUGUCUGGGUUGAGUUUGGUUUGUUGUGUUUUUGUUUCUGGAUUUUAGCUUUUGAGGCUCAAGAAUGGCUGAAGGGUCAGCAAAAGUUCGGUUAGUUCGUUGUCCAAAGUGUGGAAAUCUCCUACCAGAGCUCCCUGACUACUCUGUGUAUCAGUGUGGUGGUUGUGGUGCUGUUCUUCGAGCAAAGAAGAAAGUGACUGUAAAUGGUGGGAUAUUGGAGAAGUCUGGAACGGGGUGGGAUGAAGAAGGCUUUGAGAAAUUGGAGAGUUUGUCAGAGAAAGAGGGUGGUAGUUUAGGUAAUGCAUCUGAGACGGAGAGGGAGAGCGAAGGGAGUAUAAAUAAUAGGAGAAAAGCAAGAACCUUUGAAGAAACAAAUGUGAAUUUUGUUAAAAGUCCUUUGUUGAAAGCAGAAAAGAAGAUAUUUUGGCUGCUAAUAGCAACAUAAAUGUGAAGGAACAGCAUGUAGGUUAUCACAGUGGUGCAGAAAAGAGAAACCCAUGAAGUACCCCAUUGAUAAUUGGAUUCGCCGUGAUGAUAAUGACAUGAACAUGAACAGAUCUGAAUCUGUUAGUUUAAGUAGAGAGAAAGGUAUUCGAGAAUUUCAGCACAA